AUGGCGCAGUCAGUGAGUUGUAUUGAUUUAUUAAAAGCGAUAGAAGCGGAAGACUCAUCAGAUGAGUCCGGUUCCAUCACCCCUGUAGAAAUUGAAACCGUAAAUACUGCGAAAUACAAGACAUACAUGACACUCGUAUCCUCACAAGUCCACCGUUCUGUAUAUGCUCUUCACGACAUAUCGAAGAUGUUAACCCAACCGAUCGAAGAUUAUUAUAGAACGACUCACACGUUAGAGAUGUCUUUAGACAAAGAGCUUAAAAAAGCUUUUGAAGAGAUGCAGCCGUGGAUUGAUGGUAAAAAGUCACUCUCAAUGGUCGAGCAAAUGAAGUUUGUUUCCGACCGCUGGAAUGUUCCUUUAUCCACAGCGAAGUACACUGGCAUUCCCGUCUUUUGGGGUCGUAUAGUGAAAGCUUUACCCUUCUUCCAGCCGACUGCUGAAGAGAUGAAAGUCCUUCCAUUUUUGCAUACAAUUUUAGUCCAAAAAAGUCCGUUAGAAAAGACUGAAAAAGGUUAUGCUUUAAAUUGUCAACUUACUUUCCAAUUCGACAAAAAUGAUAUCAUCGACGAAGGCGCCGUUAUUAAAUUAAACUAUAUUUAUAGUAAAUCUCUCCCAAUAGGUCAAAUCGUCGAGUACUCCGUCGCUCUCAUUAAAAACACUGCCUGGCACACUAAAAUAGCUCCAACACAAACCGGAAAGUAUUUCAACUUCUUUAGCGCCUUCGAAACAACUGAAAAGGAAAAGCAGUUCGUCUUCUUUUACACACUUGCUAACUACGCUCUCCCAAAUGCAAUGCGCUGGUUCGACGACUCCGUCCUCCAAAAAAAGUCGAUGAACAACCUCUACUGGGAAAAGUCAAAGGAAUACGACUACAAGUCAAACAACGUCGUCGAGGACGCUGCCUCACUUCAGUGCAUACAACAAUGA